AUGAUGGACCGAAACAUCGAGGAGCCGACCGGCUGGAUGGGUCUUUGGCUCAACCGCACCCACCCAGAGCUGUACAACUACAGCACCCUGGCCUACGCCAGCCUCACCCUCGCGGCCUUCAUCAUAAGCUUCAAAUCACUCUUCCAGCUUCGCCGCACCCGGACGGAGCUACUCGCAAACCCUUCAUCUCGUCAGGCAAUCAUGAGUGUGAGCAACAACAAAAUGUUGUCGCUCAACCGCUCACAGUUCGGCAUCGCCACCCUGUACCUCUUCUGCACCCUGGUGAUCAUCGCCGUCGACACGUACAUCAGCAUGAGCAUCAUCUGGAACGACGCUUCCGACAACCCGACAGUCUACGACAGCGCCCACAUUCUGGAAUUGGCAGUCUACAUGGUCGGACUGUUUGCCAUUUUCUCAGCCAUCUUCUUCCUCUUUCCCCUCCUCCAAGUCAUGSUUUGCUUCAUGCUCAUCCAGCGUCGUCGUGAGAGAAGCAAUGAAACGGCGGCGGACGUCAUCUCUUCUCUCCGCAUCCUCACCACGCAUACCGGACAGAUCUGGUCCUCGCUGGCUUUGAUCAUGCAGGCGUACUGGCCAACCUUUCAGAACGCCACCGCGAGAAUGUUAGUCUCGCAGGCUGUUCUAGGAUCCGCGAUGAUGUGGUUGCAAUUGAGCCUUACGUUGAAUUUCAGUUCGCAGAAAUUGGAAAUCGACAGCGACGAGGAGGUGCAGUCGUUUUUGGGAGGCCCGGGUGCGAUUACCAAGUAUGGAACGCAGAUUUUCACGAGGAGCACCGUGGAGGGUUUGCCAAUGUACGAGUCCGUUGCUCAGACGGAGAGGCUGGAUGAGAAGACCGAAGCUUAG